AUGAGUGUAAGACAGGGUAUAGUAGGGUAAGGUAAACUAGAAAAGGGUAGAGCAAACGUAGUGUUGAAGUAGGGUAGCAGGGCAAAUGGCUAGGUCACUUUUUAUUAGCAUGGCUUCUCCUAUGACUUAAAUACUCGCUUAAAGUAUAUUUUCUAAAAAACCAAUGCUCACUUUACUAUUACAGAAUGAAACUCCUCAUCUUAUCACUUUUUAUAUCCUCACUAGCCUUAUCAACCCUCGCCCAACGUGGUGAUUACAGUAGGUUUGAUCGACCAUACGAUCGAAAUAGCCGAGCUUUUGAUCGUGAUUUUGAUAAUAGCAGAGGAUCCGAUUUUAACCGAGGAAGAGAUAGUAUUGGUCAUGGAGCUUCAGUACAUGGAGGUGAUAGAUACGAUGACAGGAAUGGAAGAAACGAUCAAAGAGAUCGAUUUGGGAAUCAAAACAUAGAUCGCGAUAGAGGCUAUAAUCCAAAUGGCAGAAGAGACGAUGAUAGAAGGGAUGAUAGUUUUGGAAGAAGAGGUAACUUAUUAUGUCAUGUUAAUGUUAAAUGUUUUUUUUUGUAAAAUACGUGUGAAUCGUGAUAAAAAUAAUGUUGUCUAUAUCUCCAGACGAUGACUACAGCCGCUUCGGUGGCAACUCGCACAACCAGCCAAGAACCGCUGAUAACUUUGGUCGCCGCGACCGUCGUGACUCUCGCGGCAACCACGAACAACAUCAUGAGCAAAGUCAUCAAGAACACCAUGGUAAUCAGCAUAAUGAACGCGAACGCUUCCCAAGACAAAUGGGUCAAGAAGUUCAUCGAGAAACUGAACUUCGAAAAGAUUCUGAUUUCGAUCGUGAUAACCAUAACAUUGGAAAAGGCGGAGCGAUUGGAGGAGGUACUGUGGAUGAUCAUCGAAGUGUUGAUGGACCUUUGAUUCAGAAUGACGGAGUUGGAAAAGGUUCUGCAGUUCGCGGUGACAGAGUUGGGGGACACCGAUUCCGCAGAAACUAUGACAUUUAUUAA